AUGGCUACCCGGGCAACAUAUAGCACCGGCUCCUGGUUCAACCGCGCCAAGUUCAUCGCGCCUGACGCGAUAUUCGCGUUGACAGAACAAUACCUAGCAGACCCGUUUCCACAAAAGGUUAACCUUGGACAAGGAACCUAUCGUGACGAGAAUGGCAAGCCAUGGGUUCUUCCGUCUGUGAAGAAAGCUCGUGAAAGUCUCGCCCGGGGCUUACAACAUGAAUAUCUUCCAAUCCUAGGGCUACGAAGCUUCCGAGAAGAAACCGCCAGGCUCGUGUUAGGCGCGGAGCUCUUCAAGGAACAAGAGAGUAAAAUUGCAACUUGUCAGAGUCUCUCUGGCACCGGUGCCUUGCAUUUGGCUGGAUUGCUGCUGCGAGCUUGUCAUACGACAUUACCCAAGGUUUACAUUCCUGAGCCUACCUGGUCCAACCACCACCAGGUCUUUCAGUCACUAGGCUUUCCUUGUGAGAGCUUCGAGUACUAUGACCAUGAUACGAAGACCUUGGAUAUCGAGGCAUACUACUCAAUGUUGCGUCAAGCGGAGCCGAACUCGGUGGUCAUUCUCCACGCGUGCGCCCAUAACCCGACGGGCUGUGACCCGAGUAAGGAGCAGUGGCGCGAGAUCGCACGACUGAUGAAAGCCCAACAGCUGUUCCCACUCUUUGAUUCUGCCUACCUGGGUUUCAACUCGGGCAAUUUCGACGAGGACGCAUUCGCGAUUCGGCUAUUCCUAGGUGAAAUGCAGAUGGAAGCGGGUGUAUGUGUGUCCUUUGCAAAGAAUAUGGGUCUGUAUGGGGAGCGAGUGGGCAGCCUCUUAGUGAGCACAAAUGACAAGCAGGUCGCGAUGAACACGCAGUCUAUGCUGGAAAUGCUGCAGCGAUCGGAAGUUUCAAACCCUCCAGCCUUUGGUGCGAAGAUUGCUAGCCAAGUCCUGGCAAAUGACGAAUUGAGACAGAUGUGGUUUCAAGAUUUGAUGACCAUGAGUGGUCGGAUUCGCUCGAUGAGAGCAGCCUUGUAUGAGAAUUUGAUUUCUUUCGAAAAACACCACGUCUAUGUCGCCGACAACUCCCGAAUCUCCAUUGCUGGGUUGAACUCUGGCAAUGUGGAGUAUGUCGCACGAUCGAUAACUCAAUGUCUGAAGGAUUUGGAGUAG